AUGCAUGCUAGUGUGAAAUAUAUAUGACAUCAUCACAAUGCACAUAUUACACAGUGAUGACAUCAUCACUCUGCACAUAUCACAUGGUUAUGAUGUCACAGGAUGUCACAAAGACAAGUUUUUGACAUCUGUUUAAUAUGUACAACAUACUAGAUAGAAGUAUGACACUUUAAUAUGUCACAUAUGACAUCAUCACAACAGCAUGUGACCAAUAUUGAUGUCAUUGCAAAUUAGCCAGAAAUCCCUAAAAGUUUCUAUCCUGGGAGCAGUCGGUCAUCAGUUAACAUCAGUUUAACAUCAGUUAAACACGAGCAGUCAAAGGAGCACUCCAGAGUACAUUGAAGGAAGUGAACCACAAGAGGUGAACAAAAUGACUGAGAUUAAAGAGUACGUUCAGGAUCAACUCGAACCACCUGUGCAAGCUAGCAGAGGGGACUCUGACGACAGCACCCACUUAACGCGUUCCUACUGCCAGGAAACCAUAAGUGAUGCUCCGAAAAAAAGUGAAAGACCAACAAACAGGUCUCGCAUAAAACAAGUCCAAUCCAAAUUGUCUCAAACAAGAUCUGAAGAAAAUUUGGAGGAGCACUCUGGAUCAAGAGUGUGUACAAAACAUCAGUUAAUUGGAUCUCAUUGGAGACUUGUUGAAAAAAUGAUUGGAAAGUUUAUUGAUCGGGUAUUUAAAAAAUCCAAAGUUCCCUGCUUCCAGGUGAACUUUGAAUUUUAUAAGAAUUACCUUUAUCAUAAACUGUGGCCUGAAGCAAAGAAACUUCGACGCCACAUUAACAGGGAGAACUUCAAAGGUCUUCACAAAGCAAUCCACAAGGAUAUGCACCAGUAUUCAGUCUGAUUUACAGCUGAGAAAAAAGCAAGAAAAAUGCAACUUGCUGAUAAAUCAGUACUUGACCGAUCUGAUCCCACUGGUUUUUGAAAAAGCCGACGUGGAAUGCUCAAAAGCAAAUUUUGACCAUUUAUUCAACCGGCUAUACGAGAAGCUGUGGGAUUUGUGCGCGACUAAGGAUUUCACACUGACAGAGGACGGUGUGAAAAACUUAGCAAAGGUGACGUACAAAUACCUCCUUCACUACAGCAAGAACAAAGACUGUAUAGCUCUUAUGGCCUUGGACUUGUAUGAACCUCCAUGUGACAUUAUUGUGAAAAAAACAUUUGAAAAAUACAUGUUACGGGAGAAAUCAAAGGUGUCAAAGUUCUUCAGGGUCAUUGGAAAAGUCCUUACUCGAACUGAAAGCUGAGGAAAAAAAGACGUUGAGACCAAAAACAGGUCUCAACCAUUUAAAAAACUUC